CAUCACAACAAAAAUGACCGCGAACCUUCCUCUGUUAAAGGAGCUGCCACCGAAGCUGAAUGUAAAACGUUUUCUUAGUUUUUGAGGGGCUGGAUAAAGCAGCCGUUGUCUUUUCUGGUUGCACUUUUCAGCUAACGCGAUAUAAAAAUGGAUGAAUACGACGAGCUGUUUGGGAUUGAGGACCAGUUCGAGGAGCAGUUUGCUGAUGAGCUCGAAGUGUUAGCAGAGAUGGAGGAGGAAACCUCCCAGCCGGCCAAGCGUCCUAAACGGGCUCAGGGAGAUGACGUUUCCGACAUACAGCACCUUCUGGGUGAUCAGCCCGUCACUCCAAAGGCAAAACGACAGAAGAACGAUGCGGGUGUGGUUAAGCGGCUUUUCAACAGAUCACAAACCCAGGAGAGGAAUGUCCCGCCACAGCGUGAUGACAUCACGCCUCCGUCUUCUCCUGAGCACUACGAGCCGUCGAAAACCUUCAGGUCUACUCCUGCUAUGUUGGAUAUCAGUGGCUUUGCGGAAAUCCCAGAGACACCGAGGCGACCUGUCACGCCAACCCCAGCGUCCACACGUGUGCUGAAGCGGCCACCUUUGGAGGGAGAGUUUAUCAGUGUGACAGAUUCAUCGGGGAAUCGGGUCUACCUCAGACAGAAGGAAGAGAUGGAUAUAAAGACUGUGGAGUCAAGAAUAGUACCGAACUCCGAUGGUGGACUGGGACUACUCGCGUUGCCAAUAAGAGCUCUGAGAGAACAGGAGGCAGAGAGGCGCCACCAGCAGGUUGUUGAGGAAUCACAGCGUCUUACUGAGCUGCUGGUCAGCAGUGUGAACGAUGUGUUUGCCGAGUCUGAAAACCCAGAGAACCAGGAGAACGAGGAUCCUGAAGAGGCAGAGGGACGAGCAUCUCGGCUGUGGGUGGACAGGUUUUCACCGCGUCACUACACGGAGCUCCUCAGUGACGAUUUCACUAACCGAUGUCUGCUGAAGUGGCUGAAGCUCUGGGACACUGUGGUGUUCGGAAGAGAGAGGAAGUCCCGUCCCGCUCGCUCUGACAGACAGGCAGCCCAUCAGAAUUCAUUCAAACCCAAUCAGGGAGGACAGAAUCAAAACCGCUUCAAGAGCAAAGUUGAGAUGACUGAGGAGAUACUUGAGGCUGAACUGGACCAGUACAAACGACCCAAAUACAAGGUGGCGCUACUGUCGGGUCCUCCUGGUUUAGGGAAGACCACCUUGGCUCAUGUCAUAGCAAAGCAUGCUGGGUACAAUGUGGUGGAAAUCAACGCCAGUGAUGAUCGCAGCGCUGAAGUCUUCCAGAAACGCAUUGACACGGCGACUCAGAUGAAAUCGGUUUUAGGAUCCAACGAGAGGCCGAACUGCCUGAUUAUUGACGAGAUCGAUGGAGCACCCGCGGCCGCCAUCAACAUACUGUUGUCGGUGCUGACCAAGAAAGAUGGACACGGUGGGGAGGCUGGGACAGACACGGCUAAGAAGAAAAAGAAGAAGGAGUCUAUACUGCUUCGUCCAAUCAUCUGCAUCUGUAACGACCUUUAUGUUCCCGCUCUCAGACCUCUCAGGCAACAAGCUUUCCUUCUGGUUUUCCCUCAAACUCAACCUUCCCGCCUCACUCAGAGAUUGGCAGAGAUCUCCAGCCAGCAGGGCCUGAAAGCAGACACGGGUGCUCUGAUGUCCUUGUGUGAGAAGACGGAUAAUGACAUCCGUUCCUGCAUCAACACUCUACAGUUCCUGCAUGGUCGUGGCUUGAAGCAGCUGGACUCUAGAACCAUUCAGAGCGUCUCUGUUGGGCAGAAGGACCAGAACAAAGGCUUGUUCUAUGUGUGGCAGGAGAUCUUCCAGUUGCCACGUACAAAACGAAAACGUAUCGGGGCAGGCUUUGAAGAGGCACCUGGUUCAGGAAGUGGGUUUCAGAGGUUCCAGCACAUUCUGCACCUCGCUUCAUCAAGUGGAGAAUAUGAAAAGGUGUCUCUGGGCCUCUAUGAUAAUUAUUUGUCCAUGCGCGUGAGGGACCCCAACCUGCAGGCCGUGUGUGAGGCUCUGGAUUGGCUGACGUUCUCUGACAGGCUGAACCAAGCGAUUCUGCAUGGACAGAACUUCUCUCUGAUGAAAUACCUGCCCUUCCUGUCCGUGGCGUUUCACUUCCUGUUUGCCCACCCGCAUGUGCCCCGCAUCAGCUAUCCCCACAGCCACCACGAGGCCUCCACUCAUCUCCUCAGCAGCAGGAACGCUUUGUCCACCAUGUUGGCCGACAUCCCGGCAAGCAUCAGAUCAAGGAUCGGCCAGCUCAGCCUGACUCUUGAUAUCCUCACGCUGCUCCUUGACAUCAUUUGUCCAAAACUACGACCUGUGAAUCCGCAGCUGUUUAGCAGCAGAGAGAAGGACCAGAUGCGCGAGCUGAUCGACACCAUGCUGGCCUACAACCUUUCUUACAGGCAGGACCGCACACCUGAGGGGCAGUACACCUACGUCCUGGAGCCGCGUGUCGAGGACGUGGCGAGGUUUUCUGGCUUGCCGCCGCGUCGGCAGCUGACGUAUCAGGCCAAACAGACCAUCAGCAGAGAGAUGGAGCAGGAGAAGAUGAGGAGAGCUGAGCAGAUGAUGUUGCAGAGGAACCCUGUAGCGAAAAAGGAAGAAAUAAAGAGCGCUGGCCCGAAACGGACCCGGAACCAUCAGCAGAGGUUGGAGAACAUUGUGAAACAGACCACAGUGGAGACCAGGCCGGAGGUGGAUUUCUUCGGUCGAGUGGUCGCCCCCAAACCUCAGGGGCCACAGUCGUCCUCAGACUCAGGUGAGAAGUGUGCUGUUCUUGCGAUGGGAACGGCUGUGGGCAACAGUGAUGUGUGGUUCCGGUUCAACGAGGGCAUGUCCAACGCCGUCAGACGCAACGUUUACAUCAGAGAGCUUUUAUAAUGCACCUCCUGCACAAAUGGAUCGACAUCAACACGCUCUGUUAAUUGAAAACAGUCUUUAUUUGGAUCGACAGUGCAAAGAGACAAUAAGAAGGACGUUGCAGAACCCAAGAAGUGACGCUCUGUGUUGUACACUCACUCCGACACACACAUCAGGCAAUAGCAUCCAGGAAUCUCCAAAUAAAUAAAAAUCAAAGCAAUAA